UCGUGAUGUGGCGGGGCCUGGAUGCGUGAAGCUGACCCGCAUAGCGUCGGUCUUAAAAAAAAGACCAUUUUCUUCAUAUGGCAUAGAAGAUGAGUUCUGCUACCAUGAAUGAAGAGCCUGAUGCACUGUCGGUGGUCAAUCAGCUUCGAGAUCUUGCAGCAGACCCGCUAAAUAGACGAGCCAUUGUCCAGGAUCAAGGAUGUCUGCCAGGCCUUAUUUUGUUUAUGGACCACCCCAAUCCUCCAGUUGUCCACUCAGCUUUACUAGCUCUACGCUACUUGGCAGAAUGCCGUGCUAACAGAGAAAAGAUGAAAGGUGAACUGGGUAUGAUGUUGAGCUUGCAAAAUGUAAUACAAAAGACUACUACUCCGGGAGAGACUAAACUUCUGGCUUCUGAAAUCUAUGACAUCCUUCAGUCAUCUAACAUGGCAGAUACUGGUAGUGUCAAUGAAAUGAACUCACGUCGAAGGAAAGCUCAAUUUUUUCUUGGAACUACAAACAAACGUGCCAAAACAGUGGUUUUACAUAUAGAUGGCCUUGAUGAUUCUUCUCGAAGAAAUCUUUGUGAAGAGGCCUUGUUGAAAAUUAAAGGAGUUAUUAGUUUUACAUUUCAAAUGGCCGUGCAGAGAUGUGUUGUACGAAUCCGUUCAGAUUUGAAAGCAGAGGCUUUGGCAACAGCAAUAGCAUCAACCAAAGUUAUGAAAGCACAGCAGGUUGUGAAAAGUGAAACGGGAGAAGAAAUGCUGGUCCCAUUCCAAGAUACUCCUGUAGAAGUAGAACAGAAUACAGACCUACCUGACUAUCUGCCUGAGGAUGAGAGUCCUAUAAAGGAACAAGAUAAAGCAGUGUCUAGAGUUGGGUCACACCCAGAAGGUGGAGCCAGCUGGUUGAGCACUGCUGCAAACUUUUUAUCCCGGUCCUUUUACUGGUGACUUAAAUUUGAGGAUCAAGGACUGUAUGAACCAACAAAGGGGCCAGUUUUCCAUUGGUGUGGUGAACUGUCAAGUGCAAUUUGCAAUAAGUUAUCAUGAAAAAUUUUUAGAUUACACAAUUACGUAUGCUGCAUUUUACAUUUUAUUGGACGUUUAACCUGUCAGGUAGUUAAAGGGACAGAGGCCUCAGAUGGGAUUGCUUUGUUUAUGGAGGGUAUUUUUUGGUUUUGUUUUCCUAUGUUUUAUCACCUCCCUUAAAAAAAAAUAUAUGGGUCCAUUAUUAAAACCAAACCUUUGUGCAUAUGCAGCUUUAAAUUUUACUUCACAUGAAACAUGUGAUUAGGCAAAUUCUUGACUCAAGUCUCAGGACUUUGUUUGCAGGGUAAUUAUUUUUAUCCCAAGUUGUACCUGAAUCAUUAAAUCUUUUUUUUGGGAGGUGUGUGGGUGAGAGUUCCUUGUUUCUAAUGAAGGAUGUUGGUUUUGGUACUCUUUACCAGGAAACCAGAGGGAAAUGUACUUGUUUAUUCUUUCCCCAUUUUCACCCCUUUUGCUUUUGCCAGGCAUUUUUGCAGAAGCUUAAUUUUCAGUAGCAUUUUGUGUAUUACAAUUUAUCCAUUUGAACCCAGUAUUUCCCAGAAUACAUUUAAAAUUUUUUUGUUACCCCCCCCAAAACAUUGGUAUUUUGUAUGAUUGACAAAGAAUUGAAUAGAAGAAACUACGAUUGUGUUGUUAUACUGCUUUCAAAGAAUAUUUAUCUUUGUGUGAUGGCGUGUAGUUAACAUUGACUGCUAUUUAGUCUGGCUCAACUCAGAUCUUGAAAGUUAUAAUUUGCUCAAGUGAUGUCCAUUAUAAUUUUAUUUUAAGUAGGAAAUGGCUUAUCAGCCAUAGUUUGUACUUAUACAUGAUCUCAUUCUAGCAAAAAUAACAGUAGUUAAAAAGCUGAUAUGAACUUGAAAAACAACACAAUGGAAUGAAUGUCUUAUGCCCCAGUACCCCUGCAGUAGAUUCUGAAUUUAAGCAUUAUCUGCUUGGUAGUGUCCAUUCAGCAGAUGUUUCCUCAUAUCUUCUCUUUUGAAUUUCUCAUGUACAUGCAGUGGCGGAUAUUAUACAGGGUAGGGUUGAGGGAGGGAGGGAGGGAAGGAUCCAAACAGUUACAAUUUCUAGACAAAAGUAGCUUUUGUUUAAAAAAAAAAAAAAAAAAAAAAAAAAAAGGUCUUGGCCCUUUAAUCUUGUCUCAGAUCCAACCAGUCAGUUUUUAAAAGAAUUUUGGCAAAGGUAAGAUUAGUUUUGUUUUGUUUAUGUAAAUAAGAUCGAAGACAUGUGCACAGUGCUUAAUUAAGCUUCUGAACUAUUUGGAAACUAAGAACAACAUUCUCUGGGAAUAUGACUGACAAACUUCAGUGCUGUUAUGAUUAAAAACCAACAGGAAGUGGUUGAAGAUGCUCUCUUUCUAGCAACAUUCGCAUCUCUUAUUACAUGGAACUUCAGUGAAAAUUUAGCCUGGAAGACUUCUUCCUUCUACUCACCUCUGACAAAUAAACACAUUCAGCAUUAUAACAGUGAAAUUAUUGCAAAAUUAAUACCACUAAUGAAAGUCUUGAAUUCAUUCAUUUGAAUUGCAGCUUUCUGGAAGAUUUCGAAAGGGACAUAGCUGUUUGUGGGGUGUUUUUUAAAAAAUAAUAUGUAAUUUUUGAUUCAGGUGACACGCACAGGCUGAAAAUACAAGCUUUGAGGAGCAUGUAUUGCUUUAAAUAUGUAAUACAACUUGCUGCCUAGAAUGUUACAGUACCAGAUGUGUUUUUUUAAAAAAAUCAUCCUUUCUCUAGCCGUGAAUGCAAAGUUUACUUUUCUGAAUUAACAACUAUUUGCAUUUUAUUUUGCAUUACAAAUACAUCUACUUGUUAAAUAAUAACAUCCCUUUGAUAGUAAUGGUUCAGUACAAGUAAGUAUUACAGUUCUGAUGUUUGUGUGUUUAAAUUCAAAGUAUGCUUCUUUUGCCAGUAUUGCAGAUCUUGUAGAACAGUUAAGGCAUCUGUAAGGCAUUUCUUUUUUCUUUCUUUUUUUUUUUGAAAUAUAUUGUAAAAUAAUAAAAAGUAAUGUAAC